AUGGAUGAAUCUGCAGUCGCUAAGAAAUCUAAGUAUCGGAAGCUGAAUGAAGAGCAAGGCAGGGAUGCGGCUGCUUACAACAUUGAUGAUCUUCCGGAGGCAAUCCUUGAACACAUCCUAUCGUUUGUUCCGAUGAAGGAUGCUGUUAGAACUUGUGUACUGUCGAAAAAGUGGCGAUAUCUUUGGACCUCUCGUCCUAAUCUUGCACUUAUGGAGUGGCGCUUCUCAGGGAGGGAGCAUUUUACCAAUUUCGUGGAAAGAGUACUUGUUCUCCGAGGCUCCGCUCGCAUGAAACGGUUCAACCUCGAUUGUGAUGUUUUGGGCGACGCAUCCUGUGUUAGUUUAUGGGUAUCCACUGCUGUAAAGCGGAAUGUUGAAGAGUGCUUUGUCGACCUUUUGGAUAUCCAAGGAAAUUUCAUCUUGCCUUAUUGCUUGUUCACUUGCGCAACACUGACUCACUUGGUAUUAUCCAUCCCCGGGGCAUUGAAACUACCUUCUCGAAUUCGCCUUCCAAAUCUUAAAGUCUUGCAUCUCGUGAACAUCACAUUUGUAGACGAGUGCUCGACCGAGCAGCUGUUGUCAAGCCCGGUGCUUGAGGAGUUGAGCAUAGAGGAAUGUACUUGGGAUAAUCUCGGGACACUGACUAUUUGCGCUCCCAUGCUGAAGUUCUUGACCAUACGCGACGAGGAUUUCGAUUGUUCAUUGAUUGACCCAUAUAGCUGUCGAGUUUCAAUAUGUGGAAAUAAUCUCGAAAGUUUGCAUUGCAUAAGUCCAUUCCUGAAUGAUUAUCAGGUUCUAAGGAGUGCAGACGAGCUAUACUUGCAUCUGCCUAUCUUUCCUAAUCUGAAGUCAUUGGAAGUCGGGCGUUUAGACUUGAAGUGUCGAGUGCUUGUUAAGUUGCUGCAUAAUUCCCCGCAUCUUGAAGCGCUUCAAUGCGAAGAGGGUAUCGAACUACCUCCGAAUGAUGAAGAAGAUGGUGCGGUACUGGAUCUGGCACCCCCCUGUUCCGGCUCACACCUUAGGCAGAUUGAAUUAUUUGAUUUGUUCCCGUGCGAGGAGAAGGUUCGCACGCUGGAAUUGUUUCUAAAGCAUGCGACAGUCCUGGAAAAAUUAAUGAUAUGCAGCUGCUGGCUCCCUGUGGAGCGGAGAAUCAAGGAGAUGUUCCAGGAAAAAUUACUAGAGACCCGCUGUGGAUUGAAACGUCUCGAAAUCGCGUUUUCCUGA